AUAAUGCACAGCAGAGUACACUACCUACUUGCAGUUCGCCUGCAGGGACGGCAACGUUGACAAUGCAGUACGGAUUACUUACCGCAGGCGGGUGUUUGUCAACCAGGUACGGUACCGCCCGUGCUGAGUCCCGAGCUCGGUGCGCCUUCGAAGGGACCCACCAAAAUUUGCGGCCCAGCUCCGAGCAAGGGCAAGCCCAGAGUUCUUUCAUGACACACCGACCGACCUUCGGAUCCAAACAAUCGCAUGCGUCGCCACGAGAAUGGCAUCCCCAGAAACUAACGGGCCUGGCCAGGCGAACGUCCUGGAUGGAAACUCUUCGCCCAAUGGCGCGGUCUCCCCUUCGCAAGCCCAAUCGCAGGGCCCAUCAGAGUCAGAGACCGACGGGCUACGUGCGAGGACGCCGUCCCUGAGCAGCUUCGCUCUCACAGAGUACAGUGCAAAGCCGAGCUUGCCGACCGAGGACAGAAAGACGCACAUGAAGAAGAUUGUUCCCGACGAGUUUCUGCUGCCAAAUGGCAACCCCGAUUACUUGCGACUUAUCAUCACCUCAUACCCCCGAGUCAGGGAGGUAUGCAAUGAAAUCCCGCUGCAGCACGCUGUCAACUUGAGCAACAGAUUGGAAUGCAGAGUUCUGCUCAAGCGCGAGGAUGAGCAGCCCGUGUUCAGCUUCAAGUUGCGGGGUGCCUACAACAAAAUGGCGCAUCUGGAUCCAGCAGAGUCCUGGAGGGGAGUGGUGUGCUGCAGUGCCGGCAACCAUGCCCAGGGAGUGGCGUAUUCGGCGCGGAAGCUAAAGAUCCCCGCCACCAUCGUGAUGCCCAAGGGCACCCCCAGCAUCAAGCAUCUCAAUGUCUCCCGGCUAGGGGGCCAUGUUGUGCUCCACGGGGCGGACUUCGACGAGGCCAAGGAGGAGUGCAGCCGGAGGGAAAAGCAGGACGGCUUGAUCAACAUCCCGCCUUUUGACGACCCCUACGUCAUUGCCGGCCAGGGCACCAUCGGCAUCGAAAUCCUGUCACAGACCAACCUCCAGAAGCUCGAGGCCAUUUUCUGCUGCGUCGGGGGCGGCGGCCUGAUUGCUGGUGUCGGCGUCUACGUGAAGCGCAUUGCGCCCCACGUAAAAAUCAUCGGGGUGGAGACGUACGACGCCGACGCCAUGACACAAUCCCUGGCUAAGGGCGAGCGUGUGGUGUUGAAAGAUGUCGGCUUGUUUGCAGACGGGGCAGCUGUCAAGAUUGUCGGUGAGGAGACCUUCCGCAUCUGCCAGGAGGUAGUGGACGAGAUGGUCCGGGUGACGACAGACGAGGCCUGCGCCGCGAUCAAGGACAUGUUCGAGGACACCCGGUCCAUCAUCGAGCCCGCCGGCGCCCUGGCAAUUGCCGGGCUCAAGAAGUGGGUUGCCGCCAACCCGUCCAGCGAUAUGACGAGGACAGUCGUGGCCAUCACAUCUGGCGCCAACAUCAACUUUGACCGGCUGGGCUUCGUGGCUGCGCGCGCUACGUACGGUGAAGGGAGAGAAGCGCUCUUGGCGGCAAAGAUCCCAGAGAGACCCGGUGCUUUUGCCGAACUGAUCAAUGCUAUCAUGCCCCACGCCGUGACCGAGUUCAGCUAUCGGUAUGCGAGCGAAGCCGAGGCCAAUGUGUUGGUCGGCAUUUCUCUGACGGCCCCGGCGAGCCAACGAACGCAGGAGCUCCGCACCAUCAUGGACCGCAUCAAGGAAUCUGGGACAAUGGAUGUGGUGGACUUGUCUGGAGAUGAGCUCGCUAAGAGCCAUAUCCGUCACAUGGUGGGUGGGCGAUCCAGCGUUCCGAAUGAACGGCUAUACAUGUUUCGGUUUCCCGAGCGGCCCGGCGCCUUGGAGCGUUUCCUCCGGACAUUACGCCCAAGGUACAAUAUCAGCUUGUUCCAGUACCGGAACUACGGCGGCGACAUUGGUCAGGUCUUGACGGGCAUUCUAUGCCCAGACGAGGAGGUCAACGAACUGAACUUGUUCUUGAAAGAGAUCGGAUAUCCGUGGGAGGACUGCACAGAGUCAAAGGUGUACAAAACUUUCUUGCGUGCUUAGUUAGAUAGACAAGGUGCAGGAGCUUAGGUUUCUUUCAACGCUUGACCUGUGCCACAGCCCUACUUUCGCUAACUGAACUACUUAUAGCCUAGUAAGCAAGUAAGGUCUCAUAGGCCGAGGGUUGUAGCUUGUAGAGGAUAUCGCUAAAGCAACGCCCUAGCUACUUAAAAGCUAUAUAUAGCGUAUAUUGAAGAAGCUUUUUUAAAAGCUAGUAAUCGACCUUAG